AGACGUUGUGUCAUCUCGUCAUCUGUGGUUUAUGUCUAAUAUUCCUCUCAAAAAAAUGGAGAAAGUUUACACACACAACAACAAAGAACAAUUUCCAAAUCCAAAUCAACAAUGGGUUAGACUAAAUGUAGGAGGAACAUAUUUUUUAACUACAAAAACCACUCUUGCCAGAGAUCCAAAUUCAUUUUUGUAUCGUUUGAUUCAAAAGGAUAGCGAUCUCAAGUCUGACAAGGAUGAUACUGGUGCCUAUUUAAUAGACAGAGAUCCUAACUAUUUUUCUCCUAUAUUGAACUAUUUACGGCAUGGAAAAUUGAUCAUCAACAAAGGUCUUGCCGAAGAAGGAGUUUUGGAAGAGGCUGAAUUCUAUAACAUUGCUGAGUUGAUUAGUUUGAUUAAAGAAAAAAUAGGCGACAGGGAUAAUAGAACGCCUAAAGACAGUCAAAAACAUGUCUACAGAGUGUUGCAGUGUCAUGAAGAUGAACUCACACAAAUGGUUUCCACAUUAUCAGAUGGCUGGAAGUUUGAGCAACUGGUAAAUAUUGGAUCACAAUAUAAUUAUGGUGCAGAAGAACAUGCUGAAUUUUUAUGUGUUGUGAGUAGGGAGUAUGGAGCACGUGAAAAUAGCAAUGUAGAACAUACAGAUAAGGCCAAAGUUCUCCAGCAAAAAGGUUCUAGAAUGUAACAUUAAAGAUGAUGAACUUUACAAGACUCACACCACUAUAACGACUUCUUUGUCUCUGAAAUGAAGAAAACAAAAUCGUUUCAUACUCAUGAAUUGAGACAAGAAAGGAUAUAUUUGUGAAAUUAGAUGCGUGAUUUUGUAAAUGUACAUUCUACUACUCUACUUCCGAUAUUUCAUUCGAUGUUCUACAUUUUCUAGAAAUUUCCUGAAUUUCAUGUUAUACUCGAUUAAAAGUGAAUGUUUUCAAUUGAAAUUUUUUGAUAUUGUAUUUCUAUUAGAAUAUCUUUUAGUAUUUAUUUCUAGUAUCUUCUCAUUAAGUAAUCAAACUUGAAAACGAUGAUAUUUUCGACAAUAUUUCAUAUGUAGUAAUAUGUUAUUCAAUGUAGAUCCGAUAUUUAUCAAUAAUUUCCAACUUCCAUUGAAGUGUUCAAUGUUUUUUGAUAUUCACCUAAUAUACAUUUAUUUUUUACGGAUUGUCAAUAAAACAUUGUUUUAGAAAAAAAAUUAUCUUGUAUGUUUUGUAAAUAAAUAAAAAUGCGUGCAAUAA